AUCCCACACCCUUUAUAAUCUCUCAAACUUCCACACAGCCGUCUGUUCUUGCGUUUCUUCCAUCUUGCAGCAGCAGAAGCAGUUAGACUCGAAGAUCUUUUUCAACCGAAAACAUGGCAGCUGAAGAAGGUGUUGUUCCCGUUGAGGCACCUGCUCCCGCUCUCGGUGAGCCAAUGGACAUCAUGACUGCUUUGCAGCUUGUGUUGAGAAAAUCACUUGCUCACGGUGGACUUAUUCGUGGACUUCACGAGGCUGCAAAAGUGAUUGAAAAACACGCUGCUCUACUUUGUGUGUUGGCUGAAGAUUGCAACCAGCCUGAUUAUCAAAAGUUGGUCAAAGCUCUUUGUGCUGACCAUAAUGUCAGUUUGGUAACCGUUCCCAGUGCAAAGACUCUUGGCGAGUGGGCUGGUUUGUGCAAGAUUGAUUCUGAAGGAAAGGCAAGGAAGGUUGUUGGCUGUUCAUGCCUUGUUGUGAAGGAUUAUGGUGAGGAAAGUGAAGGGCUUCACAUUGUCCAGGAGUAUGUGAAAUCUCACUAAAUAUAUGUUUUUGAGUCAUCAUAAUGUUUUAUGGGUUUCUGAAUUUUGUAAGAGUGAAGAUUGUUUGAGUGAGUCUCUUGUCAAACUUCAUUAGAUUUUAAUUAUCUGAAUUUUGUCUGUGGGGUUCAGAAUC